GAUGUGUCAGGAACCUAGGACAUACGCUCUUUUCCUGUCCCUUUUUCUGAGUCAUGGCUUGGCAAGUCACAGAGUUCCAAAUUCCAGGCAGGAUUUGCAUCCGUUGCUGCAAAAAAUGGCGGAAGAAAUAAUAGAGGGAAGCUAUCUGAAUGCGUUACUGGAUCUCAUACAGUUUCAAAGCGCCCACGUGUGGACGGCAGACCUGUCCCACAGAGUCCUGGCCUACCUGAAUUCACAGAACGUUGCCUUCACCAUCCCCAGCCUGCAGGCAGCCAUGGAAAAUCACCUGGAGCAGCGUCUGUACCAGCCCCAGAAGCUGCUGGAGGACCUGAGGGAAACAGAUGCUCAGCAAUUCCGCACCGCCAUGAAAUGCCUCUUGGAGGACAAAAAGGACCGCUUGGAGCUGGAAGACAUUGUCAUCGACUUGGGAGAGAUUCGGAAGCAAGCCCUGCAGAGCCCGGGCGUGAACCGCAGCCUGCUCCUCAUCACGCUGGAGAGGUGUUUCCAGGUGCUAAACCCCCUGGAGUGUGUGGACAUCCUGGGCAGGGUGCUGAGGGGGUCCGCAGGCAGCUUCCUCCAGCCGGAGAUCACAGACAGGCUCCCUCGGGACCUGGGCGAGGAUGCCUUCAAGAACCUAUCUGCGGUGUUCAAGGAUCUCUAUGACCAAACCUCGGCCCAUUCUCAGAGAGCUCUCUACUCCUGGAUGACUGGGGUCCUGCAGACGUCCUCCAAUGUCACUGAUAACUCUGUGUCUUGGGUCAGCGCAGAAAACUUGUGGAUUUUGGGCAGAUAUAUGGUUCACUUAUCGUUUGAAGAAAUCAUGAGAAUUAGUCCUGUAGAAAUAGGGUUGUUUAUCAGCUAUGACAAUGCCACCAAGCAGCUGGACACAGUUUAUGACAUCACGCCUGACCUGGCCCAGGCCUUCCUGGAGAGAAUCGGCUCAUCCAGCUUUGACGUGAGGAACACCUCUACCAUCCACAGGCUGGGGCUGCUGGUUUGUUUCUAUGACGACCUGGAGCUGCUGGAUGCUGCCAUGGCCCAGGUCCUUCUUCACCAGAUGAUCAAGUGCAGCCAUCUGAGGGGCUUCCAGGCUGGUGUUCAGAAGCUCAAAGCUGACCUCCUAGACAUCGCCACGGAGAACCAGACCCUCAAUGAGACUCUGGGCUCUUUGUCGGAUGCGAUCGUGGGCUUGACCCACAGUCAGCUGGAGUCCCUGUCCCCCGAGGCUGUGCACGGCGCCAUCUCUACCCUCAACCAGGUCUCAGGCUGGGCUAAGAGCCAGGUCAUCAUCUUGUCUGCCAAAUACUUGGCCCACGAGAAGGUGCUGUCUUUCUACAACGUCAGCCAGAUGGGCGUGCUGCUGGCCGGGGUGGGCACCCAGGCAUUCUACAGCAUGGAUCGCAGGGACCUCGCGCAGGUCCUGAGAAGCACCAUCUCCCUGCACGUGUCUGAUCUGUCACCUGCCCAGCAGCAAGGCGUCCUCAGCAAGAUGAUCGAAGCAGGAGAUACCACCUCCGGCAUUGUGGAAAUACAAGGCGCUUUCUUUAAGGAAGUGUCUCUCUUCGAUUUACGGAGGGAACCUGGAUUCAACUCCACAGUCCUGAAGGACAAGGAGCUUCGGAGAAGCCAGGCCUUGUUCCUGUAUGAGCUCCUGUCAAGGACCACCAGAAGGCCCCAAGAGCUCCUGAGUGCAGGGCAGCUGGUCAAAGGUGUCAUGUGCUCCCACAUCGAUGCCAUGAGCGCCGACUCCUUUCUGGCCCAUUUCCAGUAUUUCGAGAGCAACCUCCGUCUGUUGUCACCCGACCAGGUUAACUGUUUGGCAUGGAAAUACUGGGAAGUUUCCAGGUCCUCUAUGCCACCCUUCCUCUUGGCUGCACUCCCGGCUCGCAUCCUGGCUUCUGUCCCAGCAUCCCAGUGUGUGCCCUUUCUGAUCAGCCUGGGGAAGAGUCAGCUGGACUCCUUGGUUUUAGAUUCCCACAAAAAGAAUUCGGUCAUCAGGAAAGUGCAGCAGUGCCUGAAUGACUCCAUUGCUGACGAGUACACCGUGGACAUCGUGGGGAACCUGCUCUGCCACUUGCCGGCGGCCACCAUCCUCCAUGGGGUGUCCCCCAGGGCCUGGGCCACCGCCCUGCAUGGCCUCCAAGACUGCCCAGACCUCAGCCCUGAGCAGAAGACCGCGGUGAGGCUCAGGCUCCUGGAGCGGCACGGGCUCCCCCGCAACUGGACAGCAGAGACCACAAAGGACCUGGGACCCUUCCUAGUACUUUUCUCAGGAGAUGAAUUAAGCUCUGUUGCUACAAAGUUUCCUGAUAUCCUUCAACAAACGGCUUCCAAGAUGGCCGGGACCUUGCCCCCCAAAGAAUUCCUCUGGGCUGUCUUUGAAUCCGUCCGGAACAGCAGUGACAGGAGCCCUAGCACUGACCCCAGCCCCGGUUGCCAUGGAGUCACGACCCCCUCUUCCGAUGACAUCUUCAAGUUGGCCGAAGCCAAUGCCUGCUGGGCCCCCGAGGAGCUGCUCUGCAUGGAUGAAGACGUGUUCCUCAGGAACGUGGAGCUUCUGGGGGCCGUCAGGGGCUUCAGCCGGCCUCAGCUGAUGGCCCUGAAGGAGAAGGCGGUACAGGUUUGGGACCUGCCUCCUUACUGGCGAGAACACCAUAUAGUUUCCCUGGGCUGCAUCGCGCUGGCUCUGAAUAAGAGUGAGCUAGAGCAGCUGGACCUCAGCUCCAUCGACACCGUGGCUGUCCUAAGCCAGCAGACAGAGUGGACCCCAGGACAGGCUCAGUGCAUUCUGCAAGGAUUCCUGGAGGAUUCAGGCUAUCGCGUCCAGGAUCUCAAGAGCUUCCACUUAGUUGGAUUUGGGGCGACCCUCUGCGCUUUGAGCAUCUCCGAAAUCUCACUUAUAAAGAUCUCAGAAUUCAGGGUGGCAGUGGCCAGAAUCGGGACCCUGCUGUGUGACACCCACGUUCUGGCCGAGUUUAAGAGGAAAGCAGAAAUUGUGUUUGGGGAUCCCACCCAGUGGUCCAGCUCUGUCUUGCAGGAGCUUGGAACCAUUGCAGCUGGAUUAACUAAGGAAGAGCUACGAAUGCUUGACAAGGAUUUGAUGCCGUAUUUUCAGCCAUCAGCAAUCAGAUGCCUUCCUGAUGAGAUAUUCAAAGAGCUGUCCCCGGAGCAGAUCGCAGCCCUGGGCCCUGGGAACGCCGCGGCGGUGACCCCGGCCCAGCGCCGGCAGCUCAGCGUGUUGCAGCUGCAGAGCCUCCAGCGGGCGCUAGAUGGCGCCAAGACUCCCUCCUGGCUGGACGCGCCCCCGAGCGCCAGCCCCACCCGGACCCCCUCCUCGUGUUCUCCGCCAGGAGCCUCCGUCCCCGGGGGUCUUUGGCUUGGCUGUCCUCUGCUGGUCCUAGUGCCCAAGCUCGUGUGGUGAGCGGCGUGCGUGCAUCGCCCUUGGGGCCCCAAGCAGCGGGCCAGGGGCCUCGACCCAGAGCCUCCACUAGGGCCGGGAGACCAGGGGCCUUGAAACUGAAAAGGCACCGAGAGGAAGAAUAAUUAUUAAAAACGAUCUUGCAUGUUCUUAAGUGGGCUUGCGUCCUGAACAGGGGGACACCUGCAGCCCUCUCUUGGUUUCCAGCUUGGAGACAGAAGCUGUGCAGAGGGAAGGGAGGGGUGUACCUACAAGUCACUGCUCUUUCUCCAGCGACAAAGGCUGGCGAGCUGGGGGCAGGCAAAGGCACAGUUUAACCAGAGCCUGAUGCUUCCCACUCGGCCUGAAUUCCCCUUCCUCGGAGCUGCAGGCUACAUUGGGUUUCUCCUUCUUAGACAUUUAGCAGAGCGGAAAUAAAUGAAUCCCUCAACAGAAGCCAAUAUUCCUGCCUGAUUGCUGGGACUAAUUGAUGUUUUGGUGGGCAUUUCAUUGCUUGGAAAUUAAAACAUUUAACAUGG